UGGAGACAGAAAACGAUGAGCACCAUUUUUCCCAGUGAUGGGCUUCAUUUUUCCCGGUGACCACCGCUAUUCGUCGCACUGUAACUGUACAGUUGAAGGUGUUGUCUUGCUGUGCUUGUACUGCUGUGGUUAAGGCAUCGAAAGGUAUGGACGGAGGGAUUUUGUUGGUGUGUUCGUACGAUUUAGUAAAUGUUCUUAUUCGAUUGCAUCAGGAUUCGUCAUUCGUACAGAUUGUUGAUGAUAUUUGUGGGAAGUUCGAUGGAUUGGUACCAGAUGCGGUGUGUUUGUUGUUCGAUGUUCCCGAGUAUAAGAAGUUUAAGGUGGAUGGUGACGACGAUAUUCAAAACAUGUUGUGCCUUGCUAAGUCGUUUGGGAUAAAUCACAUUGAGGUCCUCAUUCAGAAAAGUAGUAUUGGUGUGGGGGGUAAUUGUGGUGUGGUGGAUUCCACUUAGAAUGGAGGAAUUUCCCGAGAUGCUAGUCGGAAUGGUUGCGUGGAUGACCAGAUGGACUUGUUACCAACAUACUGUUCAAACAGAUCGAAGACGUUUUUGUCGGCGCAAUGGGCGUAUGGGAUUAUCUAUGUGGGACAAUGUUUUGAUGGCGGAGCAACCGAAUUCCAUGAAGUUCUAUGUAAGUAUGCCAUUGAACGUGGAUUUCAAUUCAAGUACAUUAAAAAUGAUUCCGUUCGAAUUACAGUAGUGUGUAAGUUUGCGGCGUCAACAGAUUGUUCGUGGUCAGUUCAUGCGAGGAUGUUACCGUCAAGUGGGGUGUUAUGUAUUAAGAGGUUUGAUAGUGUGCAUACAUGUGGGGCUGCUGUACGUAUUUAUAGGAACCCUCGUACGGGGUCUGAUUUGGUGUCUACUAUUGUUGCGGAUCGGGUACGUGAUCAGCCAUUGAUGUGUCCUACUGAUGUUGUGUUUGAUUUGAAAAACGAGUAUGGUUUGGACAUUAGUUAUCGGGUGGCAUGGUUGGGUGUUGAGAAAGCGAGAUGCGAAGUGUACGGGGAUCACGCUACGUCCUUCGAUCAACUUAGGUGGUAUUGCGAUUCCGUUAUGCAAAAAAACCCAAACAGUUACAUUAAACUUGAGUUUGACCAAAAAACCGGAAGGUUUGUUAGGUAUUUUAUAUCAUUCCGCGCUUGUACAAAUGGGUUCAAUCAUUGUCGACCUCUGCUAUUUUUGGAUGGAACAUUUUUGAAAGGUAAGUUUAAAGGUAAUUUGCUUGUGGCUACUGCUAAAGACGCCAAUCAAGAUAAUGGUAUGUUCUCUUAUUCUAUAUUUUGUGCACGUACUAGUAAACAACUACUUCCAUUUUUCAUAUGUUCCAAAUGAGUUUUUUUUUUAAAAAAAAUAAAAAUAAAUAACAACAUUGAAAUAGGAUGUCCUCAAAUUGAAUUGCACUAUAAUGUAAAACACAAUGGUAGGCUUAUUCAUUUUUAUUUUUCAAAAUGUGUCGUACUUAUUUUGUGUGAAUGGUUGUACAACUUUACUUAUGGUAAACUAUUUAUGUUGCAUGUUUGGUCGUAAGAUUGUUUCCGGUAGCCUUUGCUAUUGUUGAUUCCGAGAAUUCAACCAAUUGGGAAUGGUUUCUUCGUAAUUUGAAAGAAGUUGUUGAGGGCGGGCGGACAUUAACUUUCGUAUCUAACCACCACGUCGGAUUAUUACACUAUAUGCCAAUAAUUUUCCCUUCGGCACAUCAUGUAUAUUGUUUUUUGCAUCUCCAAAUGAACUUGCGAGAUCGAAUGAAAUAUGUUAAUGCAUCGCACAAAAUUGGGUUGAUGCGCAAGUUGUGGGAAAGUGCCAACGCGCCCAUUGUUACUUGCUUUAAUGAGAAAUUUGAGGUAUUGAAGAAGUCCAACCCAGCUGUGAUUGAAGAUUUUAUGAAAGACUUGCACCCAAAACAUUGGUCUAAUGCGUAUUUCAGCCAACGGUACGGGGAGAUGUGCUCAAACACUGCUGAAUCUUUCAACAAUUGGGUCAGCGAGGCCCGUCAUCUUUCUAUUACUAGAUUGGUUGAUAUGAUAAGGGGUCAAAUAAUGGAGCAAAUGUUGGACCACAGAGUUAAAUGCACUAAAUGGGCCGGUGUAAUAUGCCCUAAAAUGGAGAAAAAAUUGGUGGCAGCGUAUAACGACAGCAGGGCAUGGUGUGUGAGCCAGGCUAAUGAUAAUGUGUACAAGGUUCACUCCUACCCAUCGGUGUUGGUUGAUGUCGUCAAGCAGACAUGUUCUUGUUUUCAGUGGCAGAUAAAUGGGUUCCCAUGUUCCCAUGUUGUCGUUGCAUUCCGUAAUAGUGGAAGAAACAUUUACGAUUCGAUAGACUCUGCAUUCUACAUCGAUACAUUUCGAGCUAUUUAUAGCGGAACUAUAUACCCCAUCCCAACAGUGGAGAGGCCGACAAUUAACCCAACUGAAUAUUUGAUAGCACUACCGAUGGUCAACCGUCCUCCCGGUAAGCCCAAACGGAAGAGAAUUCCAUCUAAGGGCGAGGUAGUACAACAUAUACGUUGUGGGCAUUGCGGAAAAUUGGGCAAUCACAAUAGGAAGACAUGCAAAGAGCCGUUAUAGACGGUCUGCCAUAUGAUUUAAUUUUUUCUCUGACAAACUGGGGUUCUAUUGUACUAGUGUAUUUUGUUUUCCAAACUGUUUUCCACAUUGUUUUUAAUCAGUCUUUUACUUUCUAUUAUUGGUUUAAUCAAUUUGGUAAGAUAUACACUUUUCUCUAACCCAACUACCA